AUGGUCAGCCGACAUUGCCGUAUCGGAUUGCUGACGCUGUUUUCCUUAUUUCUUCCCACUACAUCUAACCCCAUAGAUAAUGGAUUAGUUGACUCAGAAUUGAUACAUGAGUGUGUAAGUAAUAAAUCUGUUGAUCUCCUUCUUGUUCUUGAUGGUUCCGGUUCCAUUGGUGAUGAUACUUUUCGUAAUCAGAUUGCCUUCGCUAUGCAUCUCGCACAACGGCUCAACAUUUCCACUGAAGGUAGUCGAAUGGCCGUCAUACAGUAUGCCGAAACUCCACGGCUAGAGUUUACCCUUAACCAGUACACUCACCCUACUCAGCUCGAAUGGGCAAUCCAGCGGAUAAAUUUCCAGUCUGGUGCGACCAACACCGGUUUAGCGCUGAAAUUAGCCUUGGAGCGCGGAUUCGAGGGCGCCCGUGGUGGUGACAUUCCACGAGUUGCUGUCGUGGUCACGGAUGGGCAAAGUCAGGAUGAAGUCGCUGAACAAGCACAGCUCUUACGAGAUGCACAUAUCACAGUAUAUGCGAUCGGAGUUACGAAUCUCGUAAAUGUCCAUCAAUUACAUCAGAUCACAGGAAAUCCGGUACGAGUUUUCACUGUCGAAUCAUUCGAUCAGCUUGACAAAUCCUUGGCAGACUCGCUCACUUGGGACAUGUGCAAAACGGAAUUUCGACCUGGGACUCCUGACAUCAUCUGUGGUCCGGACAGAAUUGGAGUCCGAGCAUCGACAAAAAAACCAUUUGACGGUUAUGUCUUUGUCAUGGAUCAUUUCCAUGAGGAAGAGUGUCGUGCGGGUCCGGAAAAGUUUCCAGAUUCGAAGAGCAUCGGAAUCACAGUACCAUUCAAUGUGUGCAACGUGCAUAGAUAUCGAUCGCUAAAUCCGCGUGGAAUAUUUGUGGAAAUGACCGUAGUCUUUAUGUUCCACACAUUGUUUAUGACAAAAGUGGAUCAAAUGGUGAAAAUUCAGUGCUUUUACAUGGAAGCUGACAAGAAAGUUACCGUACCACUUUCUGUAAGUAUGAUCACGACACAGUUCCGUGAAAAAAUGUACCAGAUGCCACAGUGUUCUUAUACAUUGCGUAAAGGUGGUCCAGAAGGUGAAAUUGUGCGGUAUGCCACGUUAGGAGAGAGUGUUUACCAUAGGUGGGAAUGUGUCGAAGUGGAGAAAAAGGACACUUUCGGAAUGCUGGUCCAUUCAUGCUACGUAGACAACGGACAUGGAGACCGUGUGGACGUUCUGAAUGAAAAGGGGCAAGGUUUUCCCCUGUACAGCUUCCUAAACAAGGACCAUAGAUUUUCGAAGACAAGCACUUUUGCAAUGUACUGUGGAGUGAAAAUUUCUGACAGAGAUGUGCUUUUGUUCAUAAUACAAAUUUCCGUAAGCUGCUCUUUGGUAACAGACGUCACUGAGAUCACCGCAGAAGGUUAUUGCUCAUUGACACACACAAUGCAUUGUCUGCCCUCUAUGAGGGCAGGCAAUGCAUUGCUCCAGAAGCAUUCGCUGAUGCGAGUAAGGACAAGAUCGCUUAGUUGUCUCCAAAAAAUCUAUCAGCAGGAAAGCCACUGCCAAAGCACAACCUCUGGCAAACCACGCCUGUAUAAACUCACCGAGCUAUCCAAACCCAAGGUCAUCAGCAUCAGAAAAAAUAGCACAGACCAUCCGGGUGCCCAAGGCAUUGUUGCUAGUGCUUCUGGGUAG